UCACAUCACACCAGCAACUAUUAUCUAACCAAUAAUACAGAAAUGGAGAACACAGCCAGUUAUGCACACAAGAAGUUUGUGGUCAGCAAACGGAAAAGGGAUUUGGACCAGGACAAGGAGAACUUUAACCCGGAGUCGGAGCAGCCGAUUACCAAACGUCGCCAGAGUCCGGGAUUCUUCCGUCCCUGGCUGGAAAAUGAACAGAACCAGCAGAAGGAAGUACCAGUGGAGAAACCUGCAGUCCAAGGAUCCUCAGUCAGCCAGUACCAUGCCAACAUGGUGCGACGCCACCAGGCACCUCGUCAGCGAAGCCCCAAGGAGCAGAUGCGACGGGAUCGAAACACCUUGUCCUGCCUUCUCAGCCGACGGGCCAAGCAGGCCCAGGAGGAGCAUGUCAAUCAGCAGUACGAGCAGUACCGGAGUCACCACGCCGCCAUGAUGGAGCAGCAGGUCCGCCUGAGCCUCUACUACCGCCAGAUCCUCCAGCAGGCGGUCUUUCAGCGAGCCAUCACCCCAAUCUCACCACCGGGACACCUGCUGCCCCAACAGCAACAGCAGUUCCUCCAGCAGAUGGCCCUCUCCCAGCAGAUGCUCAUCUUCGGUGGUCAGCACUGA